GUAAUUAACCAAAAAAAGGAAAUAAUUAUAUAAACAUUAUUUCUUUAGUCAAAUAAAGAAGAGAGGGCUAUUUAUACACUAGCCUCUUACUCUCACUCAUUGAAGAGGACCAUUUUUAAGUAAGGCAAAGCUUGUGUGAAUCUGAUCAAAGCCCUUAAUCUUUUCAUAUAAACUAUUUACUAUCCUUAAAACUUUUCCCAUCUCUUCUCCUAUCUUAAAGUUAACGUGUGGUGAGAGAUUUUAUGGGGAGAGCAACGUGGUUCGACGCCGACGGAACGAAGAGAGGAGAAUGGACGGAGGAGGAAGACCAGAAACUCGUCGCUUAUAUCGACGAAUACGGCGUCGGUGACUGGCGUUUCCUCCCUGGCAGAGCUGGCAAAUUCACUCCUCAAGAAGAACAAGCUAUCAUCAAUUUACAUUCUGUUCUCGGGAACAGGUGGGCAGCCAUAGCACAGCAGAUGCCCAAUCGAUCAGACAAUGACAUCAAGAACCAUUGGAACUCUUGUCUCAAGAAAAGACUCGAGAGAAACGGAGUUGACCCAAUGACCCACCAGCCUAUCAUCAAUAACCUCGCCGUCAAAACUCCGUUGUUUAACACAGAAUGCAGCAGCUCUUCUUCCGCGAGGGCGAGUCCAUCUUCUUCCUCCUUCUCCUCGUCCUCCGGCUCAGCCCAUCUCCUUAACAAGAUCGCCACUGCUAUCUCAUCUAGACAACACUGUGUCGACAACGUGAUCAAGAACAUCUUGUCGGAUCCGAGAAUCACAAGCAUCCAUGGUCAAGACGACCUGGAAGUAGAAGAGUUGAAGAAGGAUGAUGAGAAGAUUCUAGCUAGUGAUUAUCAAGAAGAUGAUAUUCUGAUGUGGGACGACGAGAAAAUUAGGCGUUUCAUGGAGGAGAUUGGUGUUAUGGAGUUGGAAACGAUGUCGUACGAUGGAGUCUAUAGACUAUAAAUACUAUCAUUUGGAGUUUUCAUACUUACCUACUUAAUGAACAUAUUAAUAUUUC